CACCAAAUCACCACACUUACCUAGACACCAUCCCGCACAACCCACCAGACUCACCAUGUCCCACAAACGCAGCCCAGCCCUAUCUAACCACCCUCCUUGGACAACCAACAAGCUGUUUUCCCAAGCAAAGCACGGUAUCCUCUCACCCGACCAACCCUUCCCACUCCAAUACACUGCAAUCGAAGAAAAAAUAGGCCAUACAGUCGCAUGCAACCUAUCCGAAGACAAAGACAUCAAGCCAAGAUCCAUACGCAUCACCUACAACCCCAUCAUCAAAACACUCCAUAUCAAGAAACCAGUCUGGGGCCACGAUAUCUUCAGCUCUUGGGCCGAGCACGAGCGUAUCCGAGCCUGUAUUUCCGGAUUCUUCACCCCAGAUGAAACCGAUGGGUUUUGGUUAUAUAAAAGCCCAUUGGUCAACAAAUUCCCACCCCCCUUCCAAUCCACAAUCAAAGAACCAGAAUGGUGCAUUGCUCCCUUCGGAGAAUUCAUCCCGACCAUCGUUUGCGAAAUUGGCUGUUCGGAAUCAUCUCUCACUGAAGACAAGGAUCUCUGGAUGACUGCAGGCGGGAGUCACGUCAACGUGGUCAUCUUGUUGAAAUGGUCUGCUCUCGAUGAAGACUGUGUUUCUGGGUACUUUGAGAUAUGGCGACGGGGUGGGGUAGUUCCUGAGCGGAUUGUAAGUUUAUUAUGA